CAGCAAUCAAAGUCACCCACCAUGGUAAUAGCAUUUGGCGCCAGAAGACACAAAGUCAACCAAUCAAUUCAAAUCGCAUGAAGCGUAGAAUCAAAGCAUAGACUCACCCUACUCAUUCUCAGACAACUUCAACAUGGUCAAACCCACGGCCUCAGCAGCCAGCAAACGGAAACGGUCAGAAGCCGUCGACCACCCCAAGAAGCGUGCACGAUCCGAAAGCAGCGACGAGUCUGGAGAGGACCAACAGGCUCAGAUCCUACUGCUCGAGGAGGGUAUCUUGGAAUCGAAGAAAAACUACAACAAUAUCGUGACAUUGAUCUCGCUCGCCCAAAAGGAGGAUGACGAAGAUGCGGUUGUUGCCGCGGUCUCUACUUGUCGUGUGUUCCUGAGGCUGUUUGCCCAGGGCGCCCUGCGGCGCAAAGGCUCCGAGAAGGAUGCAGUGGUCGCGAACUGGCUCAGGGAGAGGUUAGGAGACUACAAGGAUGUGCUGCAGAAGUUGUUGCAAAAGGAAGAUCUGGGGUCGACCGCCUUGACGCUUGCCAUGAGGGUGUUGAAGGCUGAGGCGUCUGCCACCGGCAAGGACGGCGAAGAAUACACUUUUCCUCGGACAUUCUUGGCCCAGAUAGUGGCCGGGAUAAUCUCUCCGGGACGCUCUGCUGAGGAUCUACGGAACGAGUUCCUUGAGAAAUAUGUAAACGAGAACGCCGACGUUCGCUUUUACACUUUCAGGGCGGUCUCGGAGUUCCUUGGGUCGCAAACAACACCACUCAGUCCAGAGUGCUUCGAUGGCGCAUUUCAUCUGCUAUCUCAGGUUCAAGGGGCCUCACAAUCAAACAAGGACCUGAACACAUUCUACCUCGACCCGCCAAAAAAGACAUCGCAUGCGGUUCUUUCAGCUUCACAGCACAAGAAGCACGCCCAAGAAGCUUGGUCGAAGCUUCUUGGGACGGGACUUGACAAGGAGCAGAAGAAGCAGGUCUUGUCAAUAAUCUCUAGAGUGAUUGCUCCAUGGUAUUCAAAACCCGAAAUGCUCAUGGACUUUCUCACCGACAGCUUCAACGAAGGUGGCUCAGUAUCCUUGCUGGCACUUUCUGGCGUCUUCUACCUCAUACAGGAGCGGAAUCUCGAUUACCCAGCAUUCUAUCCUAAGCUCUACUCCCUUUUGAACGCGGAUAUGAUGCACUCCAAACACCGCUCACGUUUCUUCCGUCUCCUCGACACCUUCCUCAACUCCUCUCACCUGCCCGCACAGCUGGUCGCCAGUUUCAUCAAAAGGCUGGCCAGGCUGUGCUUGAAUGCUCCUCCGAGCGCCAUCGUAGCUAUUAUCCCUUGGUUCUACAACCUUUUCAAAAAGCAUCCUCUCUGCACCUUUAUGAUGCACCGUGAGCCACGCACUGAAGAGGAGAGGAAAGCGUUGGAGGAAGGCGGGCUGGACGAUCCUUUCUUACCAGACGAGAUGGACCCUAUGGAAACCGGUGCCAUUGACAGUUGCUUGUGGGAGAUUGUCCAGCUGCAAUCCCACUACCAUCCAAACGUGGCAACAAUCGCCAAAAUCAUAUCAGAACAGUUCACAAAGCAGUUCUACAAUCUGGAGGACUUCCUUGAUCACUCGUACGGCAGUCUCCUGGAUGGCGAGAUUACAAAGGAGAUCAAAAAGGCACCUGUGGUUGAGUUUCAAAUCCCCAAGAGGAUACUUUUGCCCCAGGAUCCAGACUCUGAGCAGCCGAAUAGCUUGCUGGUGAAGCUUUGGGACUUUUCAUGAGUUUGCUAUGCACGCACUACUUGCCAGCUGUUAGUCCCGCAAUUUCAUUCGGGGAGAGUCGGGAUCUACCGGCAUGCGGUGCGCCUCUAGUUCAGUUUCACACAUAUUGUUUCGUGGCGCAUGCGUACGGGGGAUCCUGAUAUGAUGGGCCUGGACCUUUCACCACCUGCAUAUAGCAUAUAGAGCUCU